AUGGUCCCCGCGCCGCGGCCGCGCCAGCCCCCGCGCCGCCGUCCCCGCCGCCGCGGAUCUAGCUGCAGCUCCAGCCCCGGCCCCGGCUCCGCAGCGCCAGCCCGCAGCCCCGGCGGCCGCCGCCCGCACAGGCUGACAGGCAGAAGGACUGACUUCCCUCUCCCGGGCAUCCUCCCUGGGCUGCCGGGAGGCGGCGGCGGCGGAGGAGGAGGAGGAGGAGGAAGAGGAGGAGGAGAAGGAAAAGGGGGAGACGGCGGAGAGCAGGAACGCAAGGAGGUGGACCUGGAUCCGUUUCUCCCGGCCAGGACCCGAGCGGCCCCAGCUACCGCUACCCGCCGGCGCCGUCCCCUAUCCAUCAGCCCUCCUGCGCCCACCCGCGACCCCCGGCUCUCUGCGCGUCGGGCCGGGGCCGGAGCGGCGCGGCCGGAGACUGUCUGGCCUCCUGGUGAUGCUCACGCUGUGCUAAGUGUCGGUGGCCAUCAAGGUUUUUGCAUCCUGGGGACGAAUCCUGACCUUGCCAGAGACGGACAUCGAAAGGUCCGGCCUCUGUUCCCCUGUGAGGAGCAGCCACGGCCCAGCAAGAUGUCCCGGCACCACAGCCGCUUCGAACGAGAUUACCGCGUGGGCUGGGACCGCCGAGAGUGGAGCGCCAACGGUACGCAUGGGACCACCAGCAUCUGCAGCGCCACCGCGGGGGCCGGUGGCGGCUCAGCCAGUAGCCUCAGCGCCCGGCCCGGCCUCUUGCCGCUGCCCGUGGUGCCGUCACGGCUGCCCACGCCCGCCACCGCCCCGGCUCCCUGCACUACCGGCAGCGGUGAGGCCAUCACCAGCCUCGUGGCCAGCUCUGCCUCCGCCGUCACCACCAAGGCUCCCGGCAUCUCCAAAGCGGAUAGUCAGUCCCAGGGACUCACGACCAGCAUCCGGUGGGGGCAGACGCCCAUCAAUCAGUCCACGCCCUGGGACACUGAUGAGCCGCCCUCCAAACAGAUGAGGGAGAGCGACAAUCCAGGCACAGGGCCAUGGGUGACCACGGUGGCCGCCGGGAACCAGCCUGCCCUGAUCGCACACUCCUAUGGAGUGGCCCAGCCUCCUACCUUCAGCCCGGCUGUGAACGUCCAGGCCCCAGUCAUUGGGGUGACCCCCUCACUGCCUCCCCACGUGGGGCCCCAGCUCCCGCUGAUGCCAGGCCACUACUCGCUCCCACAGCCACCCUCUCAGCCACUGAGUAGCGUGGUGGUCAACAUGCCGGCCCAGGCCCUGUAUGCCAGCCCACAGCCCCUGGCCAUGUCCACACUGCCUGGCGUGGGGCAGGUGGCCCGUCCGGGACCCACUGCCGUGGGCAACGGCCACAUGGCAGGGCCCCUGCUGCCUCCACCAGCACCAGCCCAGCCGUCUGCCACCCUCCCCAGCGGUGCCCCUGCCACCAAUGGGCCCCCCACGACUGACUCGGCCCAUGGGCUACAGAUGCUGCGGACAAUUGGCGUGGGGAAGUAUGAGUUCACCGACCCUGGGCACCCCAAAGGUAAGUCCCGCUGCUCACAUGCUCCCGUGUGCCCACACCUGUGCCUCCCUGAGUGGUCACCACGACACAGCGCAGACAGGAGUGUGUUCCUGGCAUCCUGAGCUCUCCAGCAGCUCCCUCACUGGCCUCACCCAACCCAGAAGCAGUAGUGGGGCCUCCCCUUGCCCAAGACAGUCCGGUCUCAGACAGAGGAGGCAGAGGGGAAAGUGGAGGAGGGAAGGACAAGCUAGGCGAGGACAUGUGGGCGGGCAAGGAGAGGGAGGGAGGGGAGAGCCUGCCAAGUCCAGGGUCCUUCUGCCUCUAGCCCAAGCCUUAGGCCAUUCUCACCUUUCACCCCAAAGCCAGGCCAAGUGUGGAAUGAGCAGGAAUCAUAUGUUCCUCUUAGGGUUCCAUGGAACAGUCUUUUGUGGGGCCUUUUCCAUUUUCCACCCAUGAGAACAGUCAGGAUGUGAACUGUGUCCUUCCCUAGAAAGGUGCCCUGUGCUGUGCCAUUGGAUGAGAGCAGCUCCCCAGAUGUUAGGUGAAAGGAAUGUCUCCCCAAGAGACACUCACAGACCAUCCUGAGCCACUUGGAUUAUUUUGUUUCAAGGACUCAAGGGUGGCUCUGUGAGGGUCCGGGAAAGAGCACCUCCUGUUUUCAAGGCAGAUCCUUGAGAACAGAGACUGCAGAUGAGCCCCCAGCCAUAGGGUUACGACAAAGAGCAUCGCUCCUGACGUCUGACCGAGGGAUCUAUCUAUCCAGCCGGAAUGCGGAAGGGGGCAGGAGGACCGGGGGCCACAGAUGUUAGGCUGGUGGGGUGCAUCUGCCCCAGACUUGCUCGCUAUCCCUUAGAGCUCCAGACAGCCAGGCCCCUCUCUUGCUGAGUGGGGAGGGGAGGCAGCCAGGCCUGGACCCAGUUGCAGGCAAGAGGGCAUAUGGUGGGCAGUCUCCCUGCUGGGGCACACAGGCCUCUUAGAAAGGGGACAGUAGAUGGUUCUAGGAAGUGUGGACCUUUGGGCACAACCUCUCAUUCUCCUUGCUAACAGCUCCUGGAGGUAGCCUGGCAGGGGUCCCUGCCUCUUCGCAGAGAACGACUCCCACUAGCCCUUCUUUCCUGCCUGCUCUCAUGCAUCUCUCUCUUUAUCCUUUUGAGCAAUUUUCAGACCUCGUCAAGCAUCCCAACAACAAAGCCGUGUCUAGAUCUCCAUUGGGUUUAAUUCCCAAUCUGAUUGCGCCCCAACUGCCUUUGUUUUGGAAAUCAGCACUAGUUUUAAAUGACAAAAUUAUAGAAAAUUACAUCUAAAUUCUGGUAAACCCUUGCUUUGUUUAAGAUCUUUAAAAAAAAAAUUGACUAAAUUGAUUUUUUGUUUGAAUUGUUUUGGUUAAGCUCUCUCUCCCUUUAAAAAGAAAAAAAAAAACUUACUCCCAGUUUGUAUGCUUCCAGCUCUAAUACAUUGAGAACUUGGGUAUCCUGGCUGCUCCUGCCAAAGCCUGAGGCACUGGGUGGGCUUCCCUCCCCCAACCACGGGGGCAUGGCCGCCACCCCCAGAGGCCUCCUAGGGCUGAUGAAAGGUCUUGGCAAUUUGCCAAGUUUCAGACAUACAUCCAGGAAAAGGACUUAUUCUGGGCUGAAAGGUAACUGGCCCCGUUGGGUCUGAAGUCCACGGUUUGGGGCUCAGCACAGAACUGAGAUCCGCCUCCCCAAAGUUGCCAGGCACAGGUGCAUCCAUCAUCAGGCACCUGAACCCAUAAGAUCAGGAAGUUACAGGUGGUAGAGACAGGCCCCCGCUGGCCCCUGUGCACACUGAGCCAGCUGGCCAUUUGCAGAACCACACCUGUAACAUCUUUUUGGGGCCAGAGGGCAUGAAGCAUCCUCUGUGGUGAACCCAAGCCCACAGACAGGAAGGAAGAAGAGAGACGGCCCCCAAUGGGGUUCGCUCUGCCAGCCCCUCUAGGGCGGAUUCAGUGCUAGGUGAGAGCCAGGCGUGGGGUAAUCCUAGAAGGUGUCCACAGCCCUGCCUUCCGGUAGACCAGUGAGACCCGCCUCGCCCACCCUGGCUCCAGCCGACAACAACCGGUGACCCAUCUGUCACGCUGAUUUCCAUAGUUCACCAGUGAGAUGGUGGUUUCCCCAGAAAUUACAUUCAACUCACUUCUCUAUUUAUGGCCCUCAUCAGCUGACUUAUCCCCUUAUAUCUGUGGCGAAGAAAGACAAUGAAGCAUGAACGUACAAAUGUCUCCAAACUCAAGCCUGGGUGGGUUGUUGGGUUUUUUUUUGUUUGUUUUUUUUAAGUAAUUUCUCUUUUCAUUUCUAAUCUUAAAAGCCUUUAUUGCUACAGCUACAAUUUGUCUGUCAGAUCUAAUGUCAAACUGCAUAUUUUUUAAAAUAAGAAACCAGAAUUUUGAAACCAAAUCUUUGAAACUUGCCAUGUGAGAAUCAUAUUCCUGACAAGACCAUGUGGGUUUGGAUUUGGGUCACUUUUAAUUUUGCCCCUAGGGAUUUUACAUCUCCAAAACUCAAUUGAUUUCACACUCCUAAAUGACAGACAGCUGGCUCCAAGUGGGAACCAGGAGGCACUGCAUGAUGACAUCAACACUAGUCAGAGCUCCACUUAAGAAAAAAAAAAAAAGAACUUUCCUUUUCUCCUGUUCUCUGUUUGAAAGCUUGCCCGGCAUUAUAAUAAGAUUCACCAUGGAGCUCCUUGAGAUCUAGCUCAUUAAAGUCCCGCGAUUUUUCCUCUAUUGUUUGACAUGACAACCUGGCCUCUCACGGGGUUGAGUAAUUAUGGAGAGAUCCCCUCCAUGAGGAACAGGUCUCGCCAGCCAGAGGGAUGGGCCACCGGUAUUUUUAGACUUCAUUAGUGCCCUGAUUUAAAAUUUCACAUUUUGUUUCUUAUAAUUAUCUUCCAAUCGACUGAGCUGAAAUUUCUGUUGGGGCUAUGUUAGUCUGCCUUCCCAAAAAGGGAGUUGGGACUUUAAUUUAAAACUUAACCAAUUGAAAAAUAAAGGUGGUGCAGAAAUGCUUUUUGAUUUGCAAUAGGUCAAGCGAUUGUCUCUCAUCUGUGACUAGAGAAGCCAGCUUGCAUGCAGUUCGCGUUAAUGAGUGUUAUUUAAAUGCAUUGAGCACAUAUAGAUUUUCUUAGGAAACUUAUAAGAUAAAUCUUUCUUUCUCUAAGAACAAUUUGGGGGUGGGAACAAUCCAUAGGAUUUCAUUCUUUAAAAAAAAAAAAGAUUAUGUAUUGAAAACUAAUUAAAAUAGAUUUCAUGUGUGCAAAGUGAUAAGGGAGGAAAAAAGAAUUAGUUCCAUUUGAAUUCUGUUAUAAAAUACCUGAGGCCUUGUCUGGUUGGAUUGGAAACCAUGAACCAAUCCAAAGGCAGAGCUGGUGGCCGACGCCAGGCCUUGUGAGAUGAGCGAAGUCUGAUGUCACUGCACGUGAGCCCAGCUGUGUCAGAGCAUAGGUGCAAUCUAUUGGUGUCAUUUUUUUCCAUCCCCUAUCUUUUUCCACAAAGGGUUCUUGGUGGCUAACAGGGUAGCCAGAGACCUUUUAAAGCCCCAGACUAGCGGUGAGCUGAGCUGCAGAAAGGUGAUUAUAUUUCUUACCUGCAUGUCCAAGGAGAGAGAAGCAAGGUUGCACCUGUUCUUACCUG